AUGGACCAAGAUGCUUAUUCGUCUAAUGGCUUGUUGGAAGUUCAGUCCUCAUUAGCCCAAAAGUUUCACACAGCUAUCCAAACUAAUUUAAAUGAAUGUUUGGACAUACUUCUCUCCAAAGAACCUACUUUUGACGAUUUAGUGUCGGUUGUGGUACGCAACCUUGGAAUUGCAAAAGGCUCAUUUUCUUCUUACCUUGCGAGGUUGCUAAGAGAUGUUUUAGAUAAUUUAUCUGAAGCUGUCAACGUCGAAACGUUCAAUACGUACAAUUUGGAAUUUAACCCAUUGCUUAAAACUCCCCUUAAAUUGGCAAUUGUGUUGGCUGGAGUUGAGACUUUGCUUUCGUCUGCAAAAUUUGACAAAAUUCGGAACUAUGUGGCCACUGAAAUCCUUGGUGUUAAAGACAGCGACAUUUUAACUGAAGGGUUGAAGUGGGUUGUUUUGAGUAUCAAUUUCUUGAACGCCCAAACCCCCGACUGGGCAGCAAUACCUCCUCACCGGUUGAACUUGAUUCUCAAGCAAUUUGAAAAGUGGUUGGAUAGUGAUAUCAGCUACGAUGAUUCGUUUAACGCAGUUCGAAGUCAGCUUGUCAAGUUCUUGGGACUGGUGGAAGCAGACAACAAAGAAGACCUUGUUGAUAGAGUCAUCGAAGAUAACUUCGCAAUUGUGCAGCUUGAGAGGCAUUAUGAGUUGACCUACUUCACGUUGCGGUACUUAACAGUUCAUGAGAUUCCAAACAAAGACAACUUGUUGGACAUUUUGUUCAACGACGAGCUCAACAAGCAUGACAAUGAGGUCCACAACAUGGCCGUUCAUAUGUGCCACGAUGUCUUGGAGAGGUGUUUCGACAAAUUGCACUUCAAAGACUUUAGUGACAAGCAGUUGCAACAGCUUUACGACUUGGUUUUUCACAGCAAGUUUUUACAGAUCAAGAAGAUCUGUUUGCGGUUUCUCGAGGAAGAAAUCACUCACAAGCAGCAAGAUUUGGUGAUCAACUACCAGUUCCAAAAAGAUGCGGAGGAACAAGAUAUCAAGCUUCCGCCACUGUUGUUGAAGGUCUUGGACGAAACCAACCUUGAUCUGGCCUCCGAAACUGACCUGGCCACCUAUCUUAUUUGCUGGUAUUUGGUGUUCGUGCACUUCAAGGACAUAAACUACUCGAUUCGCAACCAAUAUGUCAACCAGAUCAGAAGCAACCAAACUCUUCCGAAACUUCUUGACUAUUUGUUUCUUGUGGUAGAAAUCGACCACAUAAAGAUUGUAGACCAGUUCCAGACCUUCGACUUGGAUGAUAGAGAUACCAUGUUGUUGAAUGUGUUCUACUUUGCGUGUAACUUUUUGGGAAGUGAGGUGCAAUUGUGGUUCAACGAGUUGCGAAACGUUCAGAUGAAGCAAGACAUUGACAAAUUUACCGCCAAAAACAUAUCUAAGCUCUUGGUGAGCACGAUGUUAGAACAGGUCGAGCAUGGAAAGAGUAAACUUGUGACGGACGUGAUGUCGCUCAAGAUCAAUAAGGUUAUCAACGAGGUCAGAUGUGUGUUUGAAAUUGAUGAGCAGACAAUGGUGAUGGUUAUCAAAAUUCCUACGAACUUCCCAUUGGAGAGCGUCGUGGUGGAGGGUCCUAAACGUGUGGGCUUGAAGGAGAACCAGUGGAGAGCAUGGUUGUUGUCUUCGCAAAGAGUGAUCUCCCUAACCAACGGGUCCAUCAUUGAAGCGGUGGAAGUGUUCAAGAAGAACGUCGACUUGCACUUUUCAGGGUUCGAAGAGUGUGCUAUCUGCUACUCGAUUUUACACCAAGACCACUCGUUGCCAUCCAAAAACUGCUCUACAUGUAACAACAAGUUCCACGCCGCGUGCCUAUACAAAUGGUUUAAGAGUAGCGGAAGCAGUACUUGUCCGUUGUGUAGAUCGACUUUUAAUUUCAGAAAAUAG